AUGAGUGCCUACCUAGCCAUGGUCAAGACGUUGUUGGAUGAUUUUAUUGGUUAUGAAAUCAUUCAAAUUCCUCGACUCAAGAAUACGAAAGCUGACGCCCUUGCUCGAUUAGCAUCUUCCUUCGAUAUCGACCUGGGAAGAUCUAUCCUAGUGGAAUUCUUGGAGAAAUCUAGCAUAGAGGAAGAUUGCGUGGAAGUGUUCCCUAUUAGUUUUGAGUCAACUUGGAUGGAUCCAAUACGUGAUUAUCUAGCACAUGGAGUCCUACCUGAGGACAAAGCGGAAGCUCGACGUGUACGGUGCCAAGAAUACGUGAUGGUUCCCCAUCAACCUCCAGAGAAUUUGACUCCAAUUAGUAGUCCUUGGCCCUUUGCUGAGUGGGGAAUUGACCUAAUUGGCCCUAUGCCAAAGGGAAAAGGUCAGACCAAGUUCGCAAUUGUUGUAGUAGACUAUUUCACCAAGUGGGCUGAGAACAUCAUAUGCCGAUUUGGUAUCCCAUAUUCCAUAGUUACCGAUAAUGGUAAGCAAUUUGAUAAUGGCAAGCUUCGUGAGUUAGGUGUCGAGCUCAACAUCAAGCAUUUCUUUGCAUCUCCAGCUCAUCCUCAAGCAAUCAAUAAGUGGAUAAAAAAGAACUUGAAAAGAAGGCUAAAGGAGCAUGGGUUGAACUAUUACCCCAAGUCCUUUGGGCGUAAGAACUUCACGCCAAACAUCCACGGGGGACAUCCCGCUCAGCUGCGCAACGCCUCAUACCAGCAAUGUGUAGCUCACUACCACAACUCUCGUGUCAAACCCCGAGCUUUCCAGGUUGAUGACCUGGUACUCCGCAAGGUCAUGCUUGCUACUCGCAAACCUUCAGAUGGAAGCUUAGGACCAACCUGGGAAAGGCCUUACCGUGUCAUUGACAUUGUGUGCCCGGGCGCCUAUCGACUAAGGGAUCUUGAGGGAGCAAAUCUGCCUCAUCCUUGGAACGUCGAGCAUUUAAAGAAGUAUUACCAGCGAUUUCCUCAUCAUCUACAUGCUAUCAGAGUUAGAUCAUCAGUUUGA